CUUCUCCCCCAAUUUCAGUAUAUAGUGUAAAACCCUAUUUCAGCCAAAUCACAAAAUCACAAGCGUUUUAAGGUAAUGGAUCGAGAAUCACUAGAGAAACGACCUGCGAUCUUCGUAGUCGGAUCCCCCAACGUUGGCAAACGGACACUAAUCUCAAGACUACUUAAGGUGGAUUUUGAUGAUGACUCAGAUACAUCACUUGAGUUAUCCGUCAAUGGGUGGACGAUCAACACAAAGUAUUACACAGCAGAUGUUGCAGUAUGGAUAGCUAAUCUUUCUGAUGAGCUAUCUAUUACAAGCUUUCCAGAUGUGAAUCGGAUAGUUGCCUUGGUUAUGGUGUUCGACACCAGCGAUCUCACAACACUAGUUGCUCUAAAAGAAUGGGUUUCACACACUGACAUCCAGAAGUUUGAAAUAUUGCUGUGCAUCGGUAACAAGGUGGAUCUUCUUCCUGGACAUCCAUCACAUGUAGAGUACAAGAGACGCUUGAUGAAGCUUGGUGAAUCAUCUGUCAAUUUUCAUCUGGACUUCUCUGAUUAUGGUAUAUCUGAAACUGAAGGAAGUAGUUUAUUGGGGAACGAAGAGCCAUCCUUGGGAUUUAAGAGAUCUUGCAUAGAGUGGCGUCUGGAACACAAUAUUGAAUAUGUUGAAGCUUGUGCAUCAAAUACUGAUUUUGACCAAUGUCUCUCUGUUGAGGGUGAUUCACAGGGUGUUGAUAGACUUUAUGGUGCUCUCUCUGCUCAUAUGUGGCCUGGAAUGUUGUUUAAAUCUGGUGACAGGAUAAACGAGCCUUCAUUGCCUGAGCAAGAAGAGUUGUCCGAAGAAGAAGAAUCGGAUUAUGAACCUGAAUAUGAAGUAUUAUCUUCUGCUCAAUCAUCAUUCGGCUAUUCUGGCGCCCCGAUUCGUGGGUCUCUCGCCCCGUCGCCCCGCGACCCGGGGUCCCCCCUCAUCGCCCCGGAGCCUGAAUAUGAAGUAUUAUCUUCUGCUUCAGCAGAACCAUGGGAUGAUAUAGGAUGGAUGUCAGCAGAUGGUCCCCUUUCUACCUCAGGAAGUGGGAUGCCUAUGGAAAAGGUUCCUGAAACUUCAGGUAGAGAAAGUGAAGAUAAAUCCAUCAGAGAAGAGAACCAGCCGUCAACAUCAGCCUCUCAGUUGCCCAAAGAGCUUGACCAUGAGAAGGCAUUUGAAGCAGACCCAACAUCAGAGCUUAAUGAUGAUAAAACUUAUGAAUUUGAAGAUUUGGAAAUGCUAAUGGCUGAAAUUGGCAACGAGCGCAAUGGCUUGAGGCUGAUGCCUGAUUUCCAGAGGAGGGAGAUGGCUGCAAAGCUGGCAAUGAAAAUGGCUGUAAUGUUUGGAGACAGUAGUGGUGGUGAGGAGGAGGAGUUGGAGUGAAAGGAAUAUAGCAGUAGCACUCUGAUUUGGAUCCUGGAGUGUGACUGUCACUGUACAAGGAAAAAAUGGUAUCAGCUUGAGUAUGUAUUUGAAGAGAAUCAGGCAAGUUACAAGUAUCAACUGAAGUUUACCUGCUCUAAUAUGAAAGUGUCCUGUCUGCUGGACAAUGGAGAAUCACAAGUGAAGUUCAGAGGUUAGUUCUCAAGGGAGAUGACAGUAUUAUAUUGGUUUAUUAAAUACUGUCGAACUUUUAACAUGGAACAAUACAUAGACAGGGUUUGAGAUUUGUUAUUCUUGGAAGAUUGUGAGUGAAUCCAAGUACAAUAGGUUUAUGUGUUUAGGUUAAAUGAAGAAAACUCAGAUGAAACAGAUUUGGCAUGUUAUAGUGGUGAAAGCAAUGGAUGAUUUCGGUUAUUGUUAA